AUGCAAUCAAAGAUUGUUACCAACUCUUCUAAUGUUUUAAAUAGUUACAAUAAAGUCUUAGUAACCAAUCAUGGUAAUAUUUUUUCCUAUUUUAGAAUCAACAUUCCAUUCCCAUGUGAAUGUAUUGGAGGUGAGUUUUUAGGACAUGUGUUUGAAUACACAACAAAGAAAGGAGAUACUUACGAUUUGAUUACAAAUAAUUAUUAUGUAAGUUUGACUAGUUUUGAGCUUUUGAAAAAGUUCAAUAGUUAUGAUCCAAAUCAUAUACCUGCUAAGGCUAAGGUUAAUGUCACUGUCAAUUGUUCUUGUGGGAAUAGCCAGAUUUCAAAAGACUAUGGAUUGUUUGUUACUUAUCCGUUAAGGUCUAUGGAUACUCUUGAGAAGAUUGCGAACGAGUCUAAACUAGAUGAAGGGUUGAUACAGAAUUUCAAUCCUAAUGUUAAUUUCAGUAGAGGAAGUGGGAUAGUGUUCAUUCCAGGAAGAGAUAAAAAUGGAGAAUAUGUUCCUUUGUAUCCUAGAACAGGUUUUGCUAAGGGUGCAGCUGUUGGUAUAUGGAUAGCAGGAGUAUUCGGGCUUCUAUUAUUUGUUAUUUGUAUAUAUGUCAAAUACUUCCAGAAAAAGGAAGAAGAGAAAACUAUACUGCCCCAAAUUUCUAAGGUGCUUUCAACUCAAGAUGCCUCGGGUAGUGGAGAAUAUGAAACUUCAGGAUCUAGUGGGUAUGGUACUGGUAGUGCUGUUGGGCUUACAGGAAUUAUGGUGGCAAAGUCAACAGAGUUUUCAUAUCAAGAACUAGCUAAGGCUAUAAAUAACUUUAGUUUGGAUAAUAAAAUUGGUCAAGGUGGAUUCGGAGCUGUCUAUUAUGCCGAACUCUGA